UCACGGUAACACUGAAAACAAAAAAUGCAAGAUGCAGGCGUAAAUUCGAAUUGGAAAAAACAAUUUGAUCGCGUUUAAGACACCGCUUAAAACCCUCUUUCGGGCGAUAAGGACUCGGCCCGCAGUGCGCGACAAUUGUGCCCAAGUUCGGGAAGCUACAGCGGGCGAAAAAACCAGCGCCAUGAGGAAGCGCAGCUCUCGCUGCAAUUCAGACACUUUCAAGGAGCAGCAGAUGGAUCACAACGGUGACGACAUUAGCCUGUUGCAGCGCCCACUGCGCACCGCCCACACGGGAUUCGAGGAGGCGCGCCGCGCCUACGAGGAUGGUACCAGCGAGGUGCGUCAACUACUCAGCCUCGAGUGCAGCCUGAUCUACGAAUGCAAUGUGUGCCGGAACAUGUUCCGCAGCCUGGCGAAUUUCAUCAGCCACAAGCGCGUCUUUUGCUGCGUCAGCGCUCGGUCCGCAAAUGGCAAUGGAUACACAGAUCAGAACUCUACAAUGAUUAUACAAACUGGUGGUGGACCGUCGUCGCAGGACAUCGAGCACAUGCUGCGCAGCCGGAGCACGGGUUGCUCACCAGUGCCACGCGAAGCGCGUCCCAUUCGUGGUGGCGGCGGCAUGCGAGACCUGAGCGGCGUCAUCGAACGCUUGAGACGCGAGAAGGCUCCGGCUCAGGCCAGGCGAAGCUCUCCCACGGUGCUACAACUGGAAUCUGUGCCCACCUCCAGCCACGCCGUUUAUCAGACUAUUAAGGUGGACCAAGAGGACAGCAUUCGGACGGAACUGGACGAGGUGCACCGCAUGCUCAACCCAGCCGAAACAGUGGUCGGGCCAGAUGGCAAGGCAUUGACUACGAUCAAGCUGGAGCGUCAGGCAGGCAGUGACUCUGGCGAGAACGGCGAGCAGUCCAUCAGUGACGAAGCGGAGACAAGCAUCUUUUGCGAGAUUUGCAACCUAACGUUUCAGACGCACAAAACGCUCGAGUUGCACAUCCAGAAGCAUCACUCAUCGUCGUCGUUUGUAUUCCAGUGUCCCGCCUGUUCGUUAACCUUUCUGCAGGCCGCUGCAGUUAUUCGUCAUUUAUCCAAGGACCACAAGAAACCUACUCGACGUAUUCGCAUGAUGCGGAAUACUAUCCUGAAGCGUCGCGUUCAGCAAGGAGAUAUUCAAACCAAGGGUCCCUGUCGUGAGCUGAAGCGUCUGCAGCUCUCUGAUGAUGUGGUUGGUUAUGUGCCAGAGCCAUUGAAUGCCAGCGGAGAGCAGCGCAAGAUAAUGUCCUUGUGCAUAUACUGCGAAAAGUCCUUCGAAAGACGCGCAGCUCUGUCUACCCAUUUGCUGAACUGUCGUGCCAAACAGGAGGCUUUGGCUAAACCUGCUCCUUCGGUCAAGAAGCUAAAGACGAAAAGCAACGAUUCAAGUCUGGAUGCAGCCGAUGAGGAUCCAACUGCCCCUACAGAUUUGACGAAAAGUGAGCCUGCUGAAGAGAGUACACUGCACGAGAUGUUUGCUGAUCUGCCUGAGCCCAGUGACUCCUUUGGUCCUGGGCUGCACACAGUCUCGCUGGACAAGCUGCAGUUGGCCAAUGAAAGCGAUUCGGCCAGCGAUGAGGCCUCCAACAGUGAGGAUGAGCACGAACAGGAGCCUGAGCUUGAGCCUGGAGUUGCUCCGGAUUCCAAUGCCGAUGCAGAGGAUGUAAAGGGCAAGACCAAGAAGAAACGCAAUGUCCCAGUGGAGAAGCAGCUGCGCUGCCGCUGCAAGAUCUGUCACAAGCAGUUUAAUGCCCUUGGAAACCUGCGUCGUCACAUAUCCAUGUUUCACUACCGCGCCCGCCGCUUUGGGUGCAAUCUGUGCGAUUAUCGCGCCUUUAGGCGCUACGAUAUUGUCAACCAUCUGGGAUUCACCCACAAGAUCGAGGGAGAUCGGGACCAGCUAACGGAGCAGUAUGUUUCUACUCAUGAAUGCGAGUACUCUCGCGACGAUGUGGAUGCCGAUAUCAUUCUGUUGGACAAGGAAGAUGAGGCAUCUGCGGUGGAAGCGGAGUCAAAGCCUCCAAUAAAGACCUAUGAGCGGCGCUUAAAGCGUGUCAAGGCCGAAUCUGAAUCUACGGGUGAAGUGAGACCCAUAUCCCCUACAGCUGAGAUAAAGGAAGAGCCCGGCCUGGAAUCCAUGGAACCCAUACCCGCGCCCACGCCCAGCAAAAAGCGUCGCAAGUCGCGCAAUCAAAUCUCACCCGAUUCGGGCGAUCACUCGCAGGAGAAGCGUCCUAUUCGCAAACGGGUCAAGGCGGUCAACAAGGACUUUGUUUACGAUCUGGUUGCCUUCAAGCAGGAUGCUUCUGGCCAACAGACACCCGCAGUCCUGCCCGUGGAUUCCAUGCGGGCCAAGCUGCGGCGCCAGCCCACGGGUAGCAGUGAUGAGAACAAGCCCAAACAGUGGGAGGCAUAUAUAACGGAGGCCAAGAAGCCUCUAAUACUGGGCAUCACCCGCCGCAUAAUGCUGGACUUGGUGGGCCAGGGUCGAGCCGUAUCGGCCACAUUGCCUGAAUUGCCAUCGGAGCGGCCUCAGAUACGGCCGCGCCUCAUUUCGCACACACGCAGCGACAGUGGCCAGCAGCAGCAACAUCCGAAUGUGGUGGAAACCGCGCCGAACCCCGUCCCAGAAAAUGAGAGUUUCAUAGAAAAGAUAGCCAAACGCACGGCGGCAGCUGGAAAGGAUUCCGCUACCAUUAGCAACCUUUGGAACAAGGUCAAUAUUGCGAUAGCCCAGCAGCAGCAACAGGAACAGGAUCAGCUGUUGAAAAAGGAACGGGAGCGUGAGCAACAAGCGCAGGAGAAAAAGCCGGAGGAGGAGGAGGAAACACCCCAAGUGGAGCAACCUAAAAGCCCCUUGUCCGAACCACUCUCUCCGCCCCGCAUAUGCGAAGCCUCCGUUCCCGAAACUCAAACAACAGCCGGCUUGGAGUGCCUUGGCGGUAAGAGCGGUAUACCUGGAGCAUCCACGAUGUUCCCGGCACUUCCUAAGCCACCAUCCGUUCUGCAGGCAGCCGCCAACGGGACCAUCCAGCUAACCCUAGACAGUCUCCUGCGCGCUGCGUUGCAAAACUAAAAACACAGGCAAAACUGGAGGUCAGUUAAGAUUUCUACUGGGCUUUUAUGGGGGGAACUCUUGGCUGGUCGCUAUUCCAUUUACCGUUUUGAAUGUAAUUCACUAGUGUGUCCUUAUUGUAAAACCAACUAAAUAAGAAACCAAGCAGAAUCAAACCAAGAAUCCCUAGAUGAUAAAUACGCUUUGAGUAUUACGCGGUAAAAACAAAACAAACCAAAACGAAUUCAAAAAAUUUGUAGAAUAAUUUUCGGCUAUUAGCAAAUGUUUGUUGUUUGUGUGAAUUGAAAAAAGUACAGAUUUUUUAAAAUGUUAUAGUUAAUACUAUAUAUGUACCUAAUUUUAUAACCCCACAGAAAGUAAGUCAAUACACGCAGAAGUGUAGAAGGUUGAUGUGCAAAUACACAGCAAAUUGCAAGAACUUGAAUUUGAUUUUAUAUUUUUCGAGUUAAAAAUCGAUACUUCAUUUGGCAAUAUCUAAAAUUCAGCUGAGGAACCCUGAAAAUAAAGUUUUUAAAAUUUGGUUCUAGUCAAUUUGCUGUCUACAUGCACACGUUAAAGCCAUGUUUAUAAAAUGUUAAAUUGGCAAGUAUUUUGCCAAAAAAAAAAAGAAAAAUUCAACACUAAAAGAAGAAACUCACACGCAGACAUUUAAAGAAUCCCUGAUCUACGCGAGUAGUUCAAUGUAUUUAUAUAUCAUUGUAAUGUACAAGGUAGAGCCUUAAAUCAAAUCACCAAAAGAUAAUAAAUCCUACGAUAAUCACCAACCAAAA